AUAAAAGUGUCUCCUCUCGCUGCUGUGAGCUGCAGAUUAAUCAGACUUCAGUGUGUUACUCACGAGAGCAACUCUUACUCGCGAAACCAUGUCCGUUUAUCCGCGCAUCCUAAACACCCUCAGUCAUCCACUUGCCAUUGCAGAGAAGCUAUUCGACGACACCUUCGUGCCAGGGAUACUGGACGGAGACAUGUUUUCUCCCCCGGUCUACCAUCGUCGGUACUUCACGACUCCACGGAGAGUCGACGACGCUAGUCUCGGCAGGUCGCUGUCGAACGAAGUCACCUGUACAACGGACAAGUUCGCCCUGAACCUCGAUGUGAGGAAUUUCGCACCGGAAGACAUCUCUGUGAAAACGACUGAAAACGUAAUCGAAAUCCAUGCCAAGCACGAAGAGAAGUCUGACGACCACGGCUACGUUCUUCGAGAGUUCACGCGGCGAUAUACUCUUCCGGAAGAUGUGGACCCUGAGACGGUGACGUGCAACAUGUCUGCCAGCGGAGUUCUCGCACUUCAAGCGCCGAGGAAGAAAGCCAUCAAAGAAGAAAAGAGUGUUCCAAUUGCUGUGGAACACGUGAAGAAAGACGUCGUGACAAAGCAGUAAUUGUGAACAGAACUGGACUGUGAAUAAUUACUGGGCACUAGGUACUUGUAAUAAGUACUAAGUGUGUGAUUUUAAUUGAUGACUGUAAAGAAGUGAGUUAAAUGUGAUCCAUGUAAAUAAAACGUUCGUACUGUC